AUGCCUCACCUGCGAAUCGGCAAAAUACUUGCCUCACGCGCUGCUUGGCUCAUAACCUUAUUUCGUCAUUUCCCCCCCUUCCGCCUCUCGUUUCCUCAAUCUCGUUUCCCCCCCUUCCGCCUCUCAUUUUCCCGGAGCUCCUCCCUCUCGUUUCCCCCCUUUCUCCCUCUCGUUCCCCCCCCCCCUCCGCCUCUCAUUUUCCCCCCUUCUGCCUCUCGUUUCCCCCCCUUCUCCAUCUCGUUUCCACCCAUCCUCCCUCUUGUUUCCCCCCUCCACCCACUCGUUUCCCCCCCUUCUCCCUCUCGUUCCCCCCCCAUCCGCCUCUCCUUUCCCCCCCUUCCGCCUCUCGUUUCCCCCCCUUCUCCCUCUCAUUUCCCCCCCUCCUCCCUCUCGUUUCCCCCCCUUCCCCGUCUCGUUUCCCCUCCUUCUCCUCUCAUUUCCCCAACUUCUCCCUCUCAUUUCCCCCCUUCUCCCUCUCAUUUCCCUCUUCCCCCUCUCAUUUCCCCGCUUUCCCCCUCUCGUUUCCCCCCCUUCUCCCUCUCAUUCCCCCCCCUCCUCCCUCUCGUUUCCCCCGCUCUUCCCUCUCGUUUCCCCCCUUUCUCCCUCUCGUUUUCCCCCCUUCCGCCUCUCAUUUCCCCCCUUUCCCCCUCUCCAUUGUCUCAUUUCCCCCCCUGCUCCCUCUCAUUUCCCCCCCUGCUCCCUCUCAUUUCCCCCCCUGCUCCCUCUCAUUUUCCCCCCCUGCUCCCUCUCAUUUCUCCCCCUGCUCACCCUCACUUCCCCCCUUUCUCCCUCUUCAUUUCCCCCUCUCCUUCCCCUCAUUUCGCCCUCUCCUUCUCCUCAUUCACCCUUUCCUUACCCUCAUCUCCCCAUCUCGUUUCUCGCAUUUCCCCUACUCCGUCCCCUUGUUUCCCCCUCUCCCCUCAUUUCAUCCUCUCGUUCCUCUUGUUUCCCACAUUUCCCCUUAUCCGUCCUCUCCUCUCCCUUUCUCCGUCCCCUCCUUUACCCCUCCUUCCCCUCAUUUUCCCCUCUCCCUCCCCUCAUUCCCCCCUCUCCUUUCCCUCAUUUCCCCCCUCCUUACCCUUCCCUGCCCCCACCCUGCCGGCAGGUGAUUGCGCUCAUGCUGCUGGCGCGCGUGAGGGAGCUGCAGCGCCCUCACAUGCUGCACACUUACCCUCUGUUUCUUCUGCAGCUUGCCCUUGUCUAUAA